UUUACAGAGCUCUCGGUGCAGCCUUUCCAACAAAGGUUGCGUUUGGCGAUUUAAAACUUUAGUUUAAUGUUGGCGUUCCGCUUUAUUCUCUCGUUUAGACCGCAGAGACGCAACUGAAGGACUCGGUGCUGUUUUCUUUUCGCGCUUUCGUCAAUGUAAAUAAACUUCCAGCUCAAAUCUGGGAGGCUGCGAGCCAAUGGAGCGCAGAUUGUGUGGAUGUAGAUGAGGCACGAUGCUAGCAAGCUAACUGGCUACUGAGGAAAUGUUGUGACUCUGCUUUAACCUGAAAAACAGCAACAACAAUUUGAUCUACUGACAUGGAAAUCAAUGGAGAGAUCAGCGACACUGACAGCGGCAUCAUCCUUCAUUCAGGCUCUGACAGCCCAACAACACACACGAAGGAUGUGACCACACACACGCGGGCUAUGAAAGUUAAACAUCAGGAUCUCCGAGACCGACUGGAGAUCUGCAUACUGGAGCUGAAGAAACUCUGCAUCCGAGAAGCUGAGUUGACAGGCCGGCUGUCAGAAGAUUACCCUCUACUGCCAGGAGAAAAGCCUCCACAGAUUCGCAGACGUAUUGGAGCUGCAUUUAAACUGGACGAGCAAAACAUCCCUCAUGGAGCAGAGGAGUCAGAACUGAGUUUCGUCGAUGCCGAGUUGGCGCUUCAGAUGAAGAUAUAUGAAGCUGCACGCAAGCUCUGCGAAGAGGAACACCUGAGUAAGGCUGUGAGGAAGAGCCGGUUACAGCAGUGCAAAAGAGAGGAGAAGAAACUCAAACAGCUACAAGAGACGUCCUUCCAGCUCCGACUGGAGCACGGUCGAUCAUCGCCACUCCCUGCCUUUAAUAUUACACAACAAGAUCUUGGCACAUCGGAUGACAGCUCUCUGUCUGAUUCUGUUGUGCAAGAUGAAGAAGUCACAAGCCAGUCCUCUCAGCCAUCCUCAGGACUCCCUUAUCCAGUAGAAACCGAUCCUCCCCAGCCUCCCCCUGCAUCCUCGCACUCCUCUGUAGACGGCUCCUACAUGUCUCCGUCUGUGGCUAAACAAUCCCUACAGCUGAACCUGCCUCAGUCUCCCCUUGCAAGCCUUGACUCCAAGUUGAGUUCAGACUCAAGCCCUCUGUAUGACCUUCCUCCCAUCCAACACACCCCGUGGACGGAGUCUAGUCUUGACCAACCUUACCAGAAGAACAAGAAGUCACGCUCCUCCAGCAAGACGAGUAGUCCUGCCAAAUCUGAACUGUUGCCACCGUUGGAGGCUUGCUUAGCACAAGCUGGUCUGCCACUCCAACUCUCCCAUCUGAGGCUGAGCCGCACCCAGUCGAGCAGCACUCCCUCCACACCAGAGAUGCGUGUGCACCGACAGCUUUCCCUCAGGCUGUCCAGUCCUGAAUCUUCAUUCGACAAGGAUCGCGGUCGCACCAGGGGUCCAAGGAGGAGACUGACAGAGUACGCAAUAACUUUACCACAGACUCCUUCCCCUCCAGUGAACUUUGGAAACCACGCUAACUCAGAGGACAGCAACUCCGAACACUCGUUUACAUCCUACAAUAGCUCCCCGUGUCAGGAGUCACCCUGUGAUUUGCCCAAAUAUCAGUCUGCAUUCCCGAUAUCAAGCCCAGUCGGCAGCUAUGGACCUCAAGCCUUCUCACCCGCUGGCUUUUACCACAAUCCCAGACACUUACCCAGCCCCAGUACUAAGAACACCUAUUACAACAAAGAGAUGGUCUACCCGCCUGAUAUGGACAUGUCUCCUAGCUAUUUCCACCAGCAAGCUCCUUGUUCCCCCAACAGAUAUGAAUAUUGGUAUAAAGACACUCCUGUACCCCACCAGAGAUCACAGAGGCCUUUGCCUCCUGACGUCAGACUCACACCUCCAGCACAAUGGGACCAUCCACAAUACCGCUCAAACUGCCUCCCACGACAAGUAGUGAACGAACAACUAAAGUCGUGGCACCGGCGCAGUCAGCUCAAAGCACCCAGGUCUCGUUCUCUGGACAGACAGGGAGCAGUCAGAAUGAAAAACGUGUCCCCUCGGGAGGCACCCUGCUACCCAAAUCAGAAGUACCACGACCAGAUUAAUCAAAGAGCGGCUCUCCAAAGAGCUGCAGAGGGCGUUCAAGGGCACUGGGUUGUAGAUGACGGCACUCAUUAUAUGAGCCAAGUGUGAAGAGAAGAAACUCGGAAGAAACUGAGCCUGCAAGUUUCCUGUUCAACCAAAGCAAAGCGUACAGAAAAUUGAGUUAGAUGAACUGUUCAUGUCCAUAAAGAAUUGCCUUUUUUCAUGACAGUUCUCAUCAUCCUGUUUACCUGCCUGACUGCAUUUGAGCAAACAGAGGAAGGAUGAAAAAACUGGAGUGCUGCACAACACAAACAACCACCUCCAGGUUACCACAAAGUCACAAGCAUCCUCAGCAAAGUUCAUUUUGUCCACUCUAUAUGCUGUUUUCUACUAACAGAUAAAAAUUAAGCAGUAAACAUUGAACUGAAUGCCUGUGAAAUAUUAGAUAUGGAAAGGGGAUGAAUUGCUGGGUGUUUUUAUAUGUGAAGAAAUCACAAACAAAAUAGUACCUAGCAGUGUGGUGGGCCAAGAUACCAGGAACUCCUACACAGAAAUUGCCACUGAAAUUGCUCAUUGUAGUUAAAAAAAAUUAGAAAUGUGAACUUUUCAUAAGUAACUUUUUUCAUGUAAAUUUGUUUAAAUUAUUUUUAGAUGAGUUAUUGUUGUCUGGUAAAGUGCUUUAGGUACUUAACUUAAUCAUACAAAAUAGUGCUGCAGUAGAUGUGGUUAUCUGUAGCUGAAAACACACUGCCAAAUAAUGCAAAUUGUGUGCGUGGAUGGACUCAAGACAGAGAAGUUUGCUUUUUGCAGUUUGAAGGAAAUGAGUCCACUGUAUAAUAAUGUAAAUUUGCAAAACAUACUUAUGAAUACAAUCUGUUAAUAAUGUUGACUUGAUUGAGUCGUCACGUUCAUGAACUUGAGCUGCUUAAAUUCCCAGAUUUGUCCUCUUCAUCUUGUACUUCUGGAGGCAAAUUUGUCCUGUUUUUAUACUUAGAUGCGUCUGUGACUGUGUGUGUUAACUUGAAUUACUAAUCAACUUAAUUGAAACUAGAUAUUAACUUACUCACAUGGCAUACAAAAGUAGCAGAUUAAGACAGAAGCAGAGUCUUGACGCUUGGCAGCUAUUAGCAGGUCAAACUGAAAUUCAGAUGUUUUGAGCUUUAACUGUGUCUUCAUUUGGUUUUUGAGAAAGCAGGUCACGAGACACAAACCUUCUGGUCGGUACCCGUUACAUUUUCACUUUUAAGAUGGACUGUAUUCAAAAACACUACCAAUGUGUGAUUGACAAGCAGAAGCCCGCCUAUAUUGUGGAUAAUUUGAGUACGAGAGUCAGUUACUACAAAUUCAGCUACAGCUACACGCUACUUGGUGUCUCCCAGUGAUCUAUUUAUGUGUUUAUUUAUUGUGAUUUGCACCAUUGGACCUAUGGAAAGUCAGACUUGAAAUAAAAAGGCGACAUGGACCAGAGUUUGCGAAACAAAUCCAGUGUCUAGUUAUGUAUGUUUUAAAAAAGAAAAAAAAAAGAAAGAAAGAAAAACAGACCACAAUCAUGUUACCCUUUGUGCCUCUUUUUUUUUUUUUUAUAACUGUCCUUUUUUAUUUAUCAGGUACAUUAGUUUAGUGGACCUAAUGUGUUAUGUCGCUGUUGAAAAUAAAAAAAAAAAUCUGUGAAAAUGUUUUCCCUGUGGAAGUGAAUAAAGAGUAUUGUUUGGA